UAUCUCAUUUUCUCGGCGUCCAAACAGCCACUCCUCCCGGAAAAAUUUGAAAUCGAAGAGAGAGAGAGAGAGACUUUUAGAUUUUGUUGAAAGCCCAACUGUAACCGAGCUUUACUUUCCCGUUUCAAUUGAUUAGAAUUCGAACUCGGAAAUGUACGGAAGAUUUCAGAUCUGAACUGUCGUCAUUGGGGAAUUCUUCCUUUCUCUGAAGAUUCUCGCGCGGCCAUGAUCGAUCUUGAUCUCUGGAUUGCGGAGAUUUCGGAUCGAUUCUAGGCUUUACUGUCUGGAUAUAGCCAGAUUUCUUCUCAAGACUGGAUUUUGAGGAUCUUUGGCUUCUGGGUUUUGCUCAAUUUUCGACAAUGGUGUUUUGGGAAGGAUAUGUUAGCGAUGAAACUAUGGGGACAUUUGCCCCUAUUAUAGUAUACUGGUUAUAUGGCGGGUUUUAUCAGUUAUUACAACCUCUGGAUAAGUACAGACUGCAUACGAAGAAGGAAGAGGAGGAGAAGAAUUUGGUGCCUCUCCCUUCUGUGGUCAAGGGUGUUUUGCUUCAACAGCUCGUUCAAGCUACUGUUGCCCAAUGCCUCUUCCUGCUCACAUCGGCCCAAACAUCAGGGAAGAUAAAACAGCCAUCUGUUAUUGUUCAAAUCUUGCAGAUAAUCAUAGCAAUGUUUGUCAUGGAUACGUGGCAGUACUUUGUCCAUCGGUACAUGCACCAGAACAAGUUUCUCUACCGCCAUGUCCAUUCCCAGCAUCAUAGGCUAGUCGUUCCUUAUGCAAUCGGUGCCCUUUACAACCAUCCCCUCGAAGGUCUCCUUCUGGACACAUUUGGUGGAGCAAUUUCAUUCCUCAUCUCGGGAAUGACAGCGAGAACAGCUGUCAUCUUCUUCUGCUUUGCGGUGAUAAAAACGGUUGAUGAUCAUUGUGGACUCUGGUUGCCGGGCAACGUCUUUCACCUCUUCUUUCAGAACAACAGUGCCUACCAUGACAUCCACCACCAGCUUCAGGGCACCAAGUAUAACUAUUCUCAGCCCUUCUUCUCGAUAUGGGACCGGGUUCUUGGAACCCACAUGCCGUAUGAUCUGGUGAAGCGGGCCGAUGGAGGGUUCGAGGCCAGGUUGAAGAAAGACUAGCCAAAGUUGCUUAAAAGCCUAGUUACUACUUCCACUCUUGCUUCCCCGCUGGAAAACUCUGAUAGAGAUGGUUCGACCCAGAAGUGUGCUGGUGUUUCAUCUGGCUCUUCGUCUUGAGCUCCAGAUGAUUAGUUUGUUCACUGUUAGGGCUUAUUAUGAUGGAUUUCUUUGUGGCAACCUCACCAUUUAGUGUGCAGUAUUUUGCUUCAAGUGUUGGUUGAGUUAUGUCCGAGACCAGUUUCUGUCUUUGUUCGAGUUUGUGUACUGUAAGAAUACGAAUUUGUUUUGUAAUACCGACCGUUCGAGAGGAGCUGUUUCUACGAUUCGGCUACA